CCGGGAAACGUCUUGGCUGUGUCGCGGUCGGCUGCAGCUCCGGGUCGGCGGUGGUCGCUGAGUGCAUGAUUCCCACCGGUACAGCCCGACUUGUCGCCGCUAAAUUAUAAUUUUAGGUUGUAUGUGCUAGAGCUGAUCCCCGAGGAAAGCGCAACCAUGGGAGUGGAGGUCGAGACGAUAUCUCCCGGUGAUGGACGGACCUUUCCAAAGAAGGGCCAGACAUGUGUUGUUCAUUACAUAGGUAUGCUGCAGAACGGAAAGAAGUUUGACUCCUCUCGAGACCGGAACAAGCCCUUUAAGUUCAAGAUUGGACGCCUGGAGGUCAUUAAGGGCUGGGAGGAAGGAGUAGCACAGAUGAGCCUGGGGCAGAGGGCUAAAAUCACUUGCACACCAGAUAUGGCUUACGGAACGACAGGCCACCCCGGAGUCAUCCCCCCCAACGCCACGCUUAUAUUCGAUGUGGAGCUGCUCAAGCUGGAGUGAAAUACGAAGGCUGAAGGUCGACGAGUUUGCAUUCGCCACGACCUGUUUCCACAGGGUGCUGCCUCCUAUUGUUUCUACAAUCUUCUACUGUUACAAUAUUUAAACGUUUACUGCUGCUUUGUUUCCAUCCUGUCACAAUAAAUAACGAUGCAAGAAAAUGAACACAAACCACAUUUUGGUUUGUUGUUUCGAGAUGCUAUAUUUUCAUUUAAUGUCAUUGAAGUUGUAAAUUUUGUUCAACCAAGAGAAAAUCAGUCACCUGAUGAAAAGCCUAAGUACUACGUUGCAAUCGAAAUAUACUGCCUUACAGUUUCAAGGACAGGGGGCAUACAUGUGUUAGAUACUUUUGCUCUAUUUUAACUGGGCAUUAUAUACCAGUCUCUGCAUUGCCACUUUGGUUGAGGUUUGUCCCGUGAAAUGUUCUGAACAAUGUUGCUUUUUUAAGUAUAUUUUAUAUCCCUCGUAAGCAAUUACUGCAAGUGUACCCUGUCCGAUCUUACCCAAUCCAACACUGUACAGAACCCCGCAAGAGGCGUUGCUACUGCUGUGACAGUUUAUUGACCAACUCUUCAAUAAAAAUGGCAUGUACCUUG